AUGUCUGUACCUGUUUAGUAUAUUGCUGAUUAUUCUAACACCCCAGAAGCUAGGCUAAAGAAAAAUCAUUAAAAAUAUUGCCUCUACUUAAAGCCUGCUGAUAGGGAUUAUAGUAGUUCAUUUGAAAUUCAAGAAAAUAGGGGAUUCUUUCCUGAAACAUUAUACAUUUUUGUAGAAGCAUUUCAUGAAAAGUAUAAAGAAGUUUAUGAAUUUCUUAUUAAAAUAGCUGAGCCUGUAAACAAACCAAAUUUCAUCCAUGUGUAUAAAAUAACUCUGUUUUCUAUGUAUACUGCAAUGAGUUUGAAUUUAAAUGCAGAAAAGAUCAUCGAAAGCUUGAUGUAGUACUCUAAAAAUGAGGUGAUUCCUAAAAGUUUUAUUGAAUUUAUAGAAAACAAAACUAAAAAAGCAGGGUCUGCUUAUCUUUAUAUGAUUAAAAAGAAUUAUUAUCUCAAAAUUCAUUAAGAGUUUCUUGAAAAAAUCAUCCGUAUUGAUGAGGAACCUUAUAAAAGUAUAAUAGAAAUGGAAUAAAAUCCUCCUUAGUAAUUGCUUUAAACUUAAGAGGAGUCAAGAGUUUGGAAUUUCAAAUUCUACAGAAUCAAAUAAAAACACAAUUUGUUCCAAAUCACUGAGAAAAUUAUAAAAGAAGGAAUUUCAUUAAUUAACGAAUAUCAUGAUGAUAAAGAAAGUCAAAAUGAUCUAAGUAGUAAUGUCUAAAUACCAUAUAAAAAGUUAGAUAUUGAGCUUAGGUAAAUCACUCAGCCAAGAAUAUACCAACAAAAAGCACUUAAAAAUAUAUUCGUUUGUGAAAAACCUAGAAGUGCUACUAUUGUUCUUCCAUGCGGCGCUGGAAAGACAUUGUUGGGCAUCAUAGUAACCGAAAAAAUAAAGGGAAAUACUAUUGUUAUAUGCGAUAUAGAUACAGCUACUAAACAAUGGAAGAAUGAAUUUAUAAGAUGGACAACAGUUAAACCAGAUAGAAUUAAAAUUUAUACUGGUAAAACUAAGAAUUUGCAAGAAAAGCAAACGAAACCUUUUAUACUGAUUACUACAUUUAAGCAACUCUCUAGUAUUAUCAAAUCAAAUAAACUUCAAAAAGAAAAGAGAUAAGAUAUGGAUACGUCAUCCAAAUAUGAAACCAAAAUGGAUCAUUACAUUUAAGAAGAAAUGGAAUGGGAUUUGUGCAUAGCUGAUGAAACCCAAUACUCAGCUGCUUCUACAUAUAAAAAAAUAUUCGAGGAAUUCAAUUUUAAAUUGAAGAUAGGAUUAACUGCAACUCCAUACAGAGAAGAUAAUAAAAUAGAUGAUCUUUUCCACGUUAUUGGUCCUAAACUUUAUGAAGCGAAUAUAUCAGAGCUAAUUUAGGACAGCUAUUUAGCUAAGCCAUAUUGCGUUGUAUUUCGUUGUAAAAUGCAUGAAUGUUGCGAAGAUUUUAUGAAAGACAGAAAAUUUAAAAAUAAGCCUUCUUUGUAGUCUGGAAAUCCAGAAAAAUUUAAACUUUUGUAUUACUUAAUUAAGUUCCACGAAUCAAGAAAAGAUAAGAUUUUAGUCUUUUGUGAUUAGAUUCCUGUACUCAAAUACUACUCUUAAAAAAUGGGAUAUCCUGCAAUAUAUGGUGAGGUAGGAUUGCUAGAAAAGCUAGUUUGGUUGGAUUUAUUUAGAAAGGGAGAAAUUAAUACAUUAUUUUUGAGUCGUGUUGGUGAUACCGCACUUGAUCUACCUAUUGCAAAUGUGUGUAUUUAAAUAGGAUUUUAAUUUGGUUCAAGAAGAUAAGAAGUUUAAAGACUUGGAAGAAUUAUGAGAAGAAAAGAAGGACAAAAAGGAGAAUAUAAUGCUUUCUUUUAUACUAUUGUCUCUAAAAAUACAGAGUAGGCUUAGUUCUAUUACAGAAGAUAAAAAUCUUUAAUGGAUCUAGGUAUUAAUUUUGAAGUAAUAGAUAUAGAUGAACAGAAUGGUAAUAAAUUUAAAUAUGACCCAGAUAUCCUAGAUUAAAAAAUUAUAAGAGCUAGUGAUGAAAUAAUAAAAGAUGUAAAAAAAGAUGCUUGGUUUCUUAUUUAAGAUUAGCCUGAUAAAAAAGUAGAUGAAUAAGAUGAUGAUUGA